AUGCUCACCACAUCCCCCCACCUCUACAUCCGCCGCCCCUCCCCGACAACCGCCGAAUUUACAGUCACCACCUGCCCGCCCCUGACCAUCCCGCUCCGCCUCCUCCUCCUCAGCAUCCACCUCCUCCGCUUCCUCGUCGUCCUCGCCGCCCUCCUAACCCUCUACACCCGCUUCGACCCCUUCCCCACCACAACCAACCACAACUACCACCAACAACCACAACAACAACAACCCCCACAAGAACCGCUCCUCACCCUCCUCUCCGCCGGGAACAUCGCCCUCUUCCUCCGCACGGCACUCUCCCACGCGCAGCUCUCCCAAGCCGGCACCCUCCUCACCAGCCUCACCACCCCACUCCCCGACUGGGCCGUCGCGGGGGCGGCUGCGGGCGCGAUCUACGCGGCGGUGCACACGCGGCUGCACACGACCGAGUCGGUGCUGGUGCUGCGCGGGCUGGGGAUCCAGACGUGCACGUCCGGGUCCGGGUCGGGGUCGGGGUCGGGGGGUGGUGGUGGUGGGGGCGGGAAGUUGGGGUGGGGCAGGCAGACGAGGUUUAUCCCGACGGAGAAGAUACGCGAUGUGUUGAUAAAUGAGGCGUUUCGGGGGUUUGAGGUCAGGUAUUAUUUGGUGGUGGUGGUGGAGGGGGAGGAGGAUGUGGUGGUGCUGUUUCCGGGGCUGUUGCCGAGGAGGAGGAUUGUGGAGGCGGUCUGGAGGGGGAUUAGGGCGUGUUUGGUGGAGGGGGAGGACGGGGGGAAGGGGUGA